CAUCACUUAAAUCAUCUACUUUGACACGUAAAGGGAGGAUCCAUAAGGAACAUGAAGACUGAAAUACUACUUUUAUCCUGCCUCAUUGCUUUGCCAAUGGUCCUAGCCAGGGGGAAAGCUGGACAAAACAGCCAAUCAGAAGAUGGACAGGCUCUGAGCAGGCGAUAUGCUGAGUCCACCAUAGCCAGUGACAUCAGUAAGAUUGUGGACUCCAUGGUGCAGAAGAACUUUGUAAACUUUCUCCUCACCCAGAGGGAGAAAAGAAGCGAGCCCACCAUGAAGCGUGAGGAACCAUGGACUCAGCUUUUCAAUGAACUUCUAAAACAGGAGUUUACUCAAUGGGUCAACAGCAAGGGUAACAAUGCCAAAACUGAGUAAGAAGCUGAAAAGAAUAUAAAUGACUAAUCAAGAGAGAGUGGUGAGAAAGUCAAUCUAUUGUUAAGAAGUAUAUAAACCAGGAUCUCAACACUGCUGUCUGCAUCAUCAUACGAAGAUCUGUGAAUUGACUUCCUGCUUGUGCUGAAUACAUUUAAUUGUAUAUAAAAUCAAAAAAUAUAGUAAUCAAUUGAA